CCUCUCUCUCUCUCCCUCCCUGUGAAGCGAACAGGGGGGAGAGGAUCAUAAAAAAAGCCCGGAACGGCGACAGUGACAGCGCCUGCGGCUCCGGCGCCUGUGCGCGAUCCUGCCUCUCACUCACCGCCAACACUCGCACCGAUGCGCGCGCUCCGCCAGCACCUCCAGCAGACAGCACCGCACCGCACCGCAGUCUGACAUUCACCCCGUUUACUGCUGUUGUCGUUAAGCAUCCGACCGGCCAUCGAGACGCAAACACUUUCAAUUCAACCCUUCAUCUGAAUGACGGGCGGACGGUUCGACUUCGACGAUGGCGGCACUUUCUGCGGUGGAUGGGAGGACGGAAAAGCCCACGGACACGGCAUCUGCACCGGCCCCAAAGGCCAGGGCGAAUACUCCGGGUCCUGGUCCAACGGCUUUGAGGUAGUCGGGGUUUACACCUGGCCCAGCGGGAAUACAUACAAGGGCUACUGGGCUCAGGGGAAGCGGCACGGGCUCGGCGUAGAGUCCAAGGGGAGGUGGCUGUACCGCGGGGAGUGGAGCCACGGAUUUAAGGGUCGCUACGGGGUUCGCCAGAGCCUCAAUACACCUGCCAGGUAUGAAGGCACAUGGAGUAAUGGACUGCAAGACGGAUAUGGGGUCGAGACUUACGGGGAUGGGGGUACAUACCAGGGCCAGUGGAUGGGUGGCAUGCGGCACGGAUAUGGCGUACGUCAGAGCGUCCCUUACGGCAUGGCCACCGUCAUCCGCUCUCCGCUGCGCACCUCACUGGCCUCUCUCCGCAGCGAGCAAAGCAAUGGCUCCGUCCUCCAGGACCACAUGUCCGACAGCCCUGCUGGCACCCGCGGCGGCUUCGUCCUCAACUUCCACAGCGACAGCGAAGUGGUCUCCGGCAAAAAAAAGGGCCUGUUCAGACGAGGUUCACUGUUUGGGAGCCUCAAGCAGCUGAGGAAGUCGGACUCCCGGUCCUCCAUAUCCAGCAAACGCAGUUCUGCACGAAGUGACGCCACCAUGAGCCGAAUCAGCUCUAGCGACGCAAACUCCACUAUUAGUUUUGGAGAUGGAGAAGUGGCUGAUGAAUACAUGCCGGCUGAGGACAACGUGGAUGCCACCACCACAGAAUCAUACUUGGGGGAGUGGAAAAAUGAUAAGCGGAACGGUUUCGGUGUCAGCGAACGCUCCAAUGGGAUGAAAUAUGAAGGAGAGUGGAUAAACAACAAACGCCACGGCUACGGGUGCACAAUGUUCCCUGAUGGGACGAAAGAAGAGGGGAAGUAUAAAAAUAACGUUUUGGUGCGGGGCAUAAAGAAGCAGCUUAUUCCCCUCAAGAACACCAAGACGAAGCAGAAAGUGGACCGUGCUGUCGAAGGAGCCAUUAGAGCAUCAGCCAUUGCCCGAACAAAAGUAGAAAUUGCCACCUCAAGAACCGCACACGCCAGGGCCAAAGCGGAGGCAGCAGACCAGGCCUCGCUUUCUGCCAGCCAGGAGUCUGAUCUGGCCAGAGCCGUGGCCCGAGAUCUGUCCCCCAACUUCCACCAACCAGGCCCCGACUAUAUCAAGCAAAGAUUUUCCAGCGAGCCCAUCGAGAUUAAAGAAAUACCUGAAGAAAAGAAAGAGAAAUCGCCUUCAGGAAGUCCGCACUUUUAUCGCAAAGGCACAACCCCAACCCAGUCUCCUUCCCAAAGCCCUGGCCCAACACCACCUCCAUCUCCCCCCGUCACCAAGAAAAAACCCUUCUUUAACAGAAGUGCCCCGAAAGCCAUCAAAGAGAACAAGCCCCUUGCUGCCGAAAACGUGGCCGCGGGUGUCAGCAAGGCUACUUCCAGGAUAUCAGACAAGCAGGAAGUCAACCAGGAGGUCGUACCUGUAGCCAAACCCUCUAAACCACCGGCACCAGUCGCCAACGCCUCCAGCCCUGGGAACGGUGAACUGCACACCCAGUAUCACGGCUAUUAUGUGAAAGCGGAGGUGAUGAUGCCGCCCGAUGAACUGGAGGAUGAAGAACAUCAUCACCAUCAUCACCAUCAUCACGAAACAUCCACUGCUCUUACCAGGAUGCCCCCACCUGUCAAGCAGUAUCGUGCUCCCACCCCCAAACCAGUAAUGGCCAAAGAGAGCAAACCCGAACCGAAACUGAAGAAGCAGGAAUCGCUGAAGCCAAAGAGCCUAGCAGAAACUAAGAAAGCCAGCAUGGAAAUUACUACUGACAUUGUUGAGGAGGAAUCAGGUCCCAACUCAAUAUUGGUCAUACUAGUGAUGCUGAUAAAUAUUGGACUGGCAAUUAUUUUUGUCCAUUUCCUCACUUGACGGAACAUUAACCUCAGUGAGCUCAUGAAAACUAGCGGCAUAGGCCCCUAAUUCUCCGCAGUUGCGUCAAUGGCCUUUAAAACAAAAUGGCGCCAGUCAGACUCAGACACAGGCAAAGGACUGGACGAAUGAAAUCAUGGGAGAAAGACGAAACCCGGACCAUUCGGCCUGAGCCAGCCCAGUUCCUCUGGCGAUGAUUUGUGACUCGCUUGGGCUCUGAAAGCUGAAGCAAGCAGUCGUUGGGAAAGAAAAAGAAUCUGCUGAUCCAAGCCGUACCCAGUCAAGUGCAUGUCCACCCCGCUGCUCUGCGGGGAGGGGUGGAAUGGGGGGACUUAACUGGAUAUGUUCGGAGAUGCACUUUUAGUUGACGGAAGCGAACAGCUGCCUUACUAUUUUACCAACUGACGUUUUAAAGGGGAGAUGUGCAGUGGGUUGCCAGUGUGUGUGGGCAGCAGGAGUGUGUACCAGUGUCCGCUUUCUGCUUGGUUUAAAACACCAUGCACAUUUUGAAAGGGUCACUUGCCAGUCUUAUUCCAUUACCCAUCUCUACAGCCUUGUCUAACAUCUCCAGCUCCUGUUUUAGGAGAUUCAUCCAUGACAUGCCUGUGCAUGGUACUGGUUUAACGACUUCGUUUUCGUUCGUUGGUUUGUUUGUUUUCUGUUGUGUUGGUUUUUUCUCUGCACCUGUAGAUGAUGAAAAUAUCGCUAGUCCGUUGCAUUCUCGUUCUUGUAAUUCAAAUAACAGCAUGUUACAUUUGUAACAUGUCCAACAGAGAAGAAGAAGAAGAAGAAAUCUAUUAUUUAUUUAAAUAUCAGUACUGUGUGGUUUGAAUUUAAUAUAUAUAUAUAUAUUUAUUUGAAGCAUUAUUGUGAAAUUGUGUGUUUCUUUCUAACACUUUAAGGGAGUAUGUUUGACAUUGUACUUAGUGUAGGGUAUAAUGCAUGGCUUUUAUUUUUGGAGAAAUGACUAAUUGUGACAUUUUGCACCUUUAAUCUUCAUGGCCUGAGACUGUGCCCUCUAAACCCCCCACAAAAAAAUCCUCGCACUACCCCCUUAUUGCGCAGAGCGGUACCUGCCUCAAUGUUAUGCCUGCUAAAUUGUGUUGAAUACAUUCAGGUCAACCCACUGGUUGAAUAUGCGAAUGUAGAGAUGGUUGCCUUUAAAGAAUUUGUACCAGUGUUCUAGUUUACCUCAGACGAUAUGUGAUUUUUCAAAUGCUGUCUUAAUUGGGAACUUAGUGGAAAUCUGCUGUUAUUCUCCAUUCGUUUGGUCUGGUGGUGCAUGAGGAUGUGGUUGCAAUUAUUGUGCACAUUUAAACGACAAAUGCAUACUUAUUAAUAGAUCUAUUUUAUAUACGAAGUCAGAAUAUAUUUAGUCGACAGUUGGACACUUAAUGGCCUUGACUAAAAUUACAGCACCGCAACUUUUGCUGAUUGAUUCAGUCAUCCAGUGUGCAUGGUGUAUUUGGCGGCUACCGAUGGGGGUCUGUAUGUGUCGUGUGAAGCAUGAAUUUCAGCAGUAACAGGGUGACUGUUUUUACAGAGGUUUUGUCAGACUGCGAGAGUAUGUGAGAGUGAAGGAGGAGGGAAGAGAAGAGCAACAGAAUGGAUGGUGGCUUGUCUUUUGACAAGAAAGAUUAAUCUUCAAAAGUAGAACAGACUUAUUUUUAAAGAAAGAUGAUCUUUUUUUGUGGCAGGGAAUGGAAACACCUCUGAUUUACACUCAUUGGCUAUGUAUAUGGCUAAUUGUGUUGUUGUUUUUUUCUAUUUCUGUUUAUAUUCCAUCCUGGUACAUUUUAGAUGUCAUUCAAAGUUCCCCGUGAAAUUUGGCAGAUGUUAAACAAAAAAAGAUUCUUGUCAUUUUGUUUCUAAGCAUCUUUUUACCAGACAAAUUUCUGUAUUUGUUUUUUUUUUUCUGAAGUAAAAAGUGUUUGACUUAGCUCUUUCCUGCUGAUAUGAUUUUUAAGAUCCAGUGUAGAUUUUACCGGGUUUAAUUGACAUAAAGAAGAAAAAUCAGUAAAACAUAUAUA